CAGAGGGCGCAGUGUUGACAUAAACACCGGUUGAGCAUGGCGAAGUACGUGAGACGGGGGUUGACAGGAUGGCUUCAGAAGUGUGGGGGUGGCAGGAAUGUGGGCGUGUCCCCAGCUGUGUCUGUCCCCGCCCUCCAAGGCAGCGACACAAGGAGGCACUCCAGUUCACGCAGUGGCAAGCCCAAGACUGGUAUACUCAUGUUGAAUCUGGGCGGUCCGGAGAAGACAGAAGAUGUUCACGACUUUCUCCUGCGUCUGUUCCUGGACAAGGACCUGAUUCCCCUGCCUGCACAGAGUAAACUGGCCCCCUACAUCGCCAAGCGGAGAACACCCAGCAUACAGACUCAGUACCGUAAGAUUGGAGGCGGCUCACCCAUCAAGAGAUGGACCGAGACACAGGGACAAGGAAUGGUAGACAUCCUUGAUAAAAUCAGCCCAGAAACAGCUCCUCACAAGUUCUAUGUGGGUUUUCGAUACGCCAACCCUCUGACGGAAGAUGCCAUUGAGCAGAUGGAGGAGGAUGGUAUAGAGCGAGCUGUUGCCUUCACCCAGUACCCACAAUACAGCUGUUCUACGACAGGAAGUAGUCUGAAUGCCAUUUACCGCCACUACAUGACACGACGAAGCCCCAGCAAUCUGGUGUGGAGCGUCAUCGACCGCUGGCCAACACACAAAGGGCUUGUUAAGGUAUGCUUAUUGAUGCUUUUUGCUCAAAACAUUAGAGACGAAGGAUUGCCAGAUUCCUCAGAAGAGGAUAGGGAUGACAUUGUUAUUCUCUUUCUCCUCUUCCAUUCACUGCCCCUUAAAGUUCUCUCCGCCCAUUCUCCCUUCCCCACGACAUUGUUAUUCACUGCCCUUAAAGGUAAGGAGGGAUUGCAUAUUGGUCACAUGUACAGACUGGUGUGGCAGUCCAAGGUGGGGCCAUUGCGAUGGCCGCUGAGCCCUAGACAGACGCAGGCCAUCAAAGCACAGGUGACGAAGAGGCAGGAAGAACUCUUAUUGCUGGUGCCUCACUUCGCUUUCACCAGCCACCACAUCGAGACCCCACGAGCUGGACCUGGAAUACUUGAGCUGGGAGGAGAGGUAAGGAGUAGGAGGAAGUAA